CUAAUUGGUCAGCCUCUGACAGGAUUACACGAGUUUCCUCAAUUGAACACAGUGAAGUUAAACGCUCGGACAUCCUGCUGGAAGGCUCCUGCUGCUGACUGACUGAAAUAAAAAAGGAAAAAAGGACUUUUUUCAGCGCCCGAAGCGGAUCAGAUGAGUGUAAAUGACAGCGGUGUGCAGGUCUGUGAUCCCGGGACUGAAUGUUUCCUGACGGUGUGUGCUGCUGCUGCUCGCCCUGCAGCCUGCAACACUAAUGACUAAUGUGCUGUCUCAACACACGGCCGCGUUUCACUGAAGCUGCCCGUCACUGACCGUCGUUCAGACCGCAAGUCGUCAUGAUGACUCGGAUCUUCUGGGAUACAAUUUUCCUCAUAAGCGGUGCUUUUAGUAUGUCUGUGGUACUCAAUGGUUCCCUCUUCACAUUCGGAGCAGGGCCGAGCAAUUCGACAAUCAUUGAAGCCAGCAUCUCCAUCGACACAAACUCCACCGCUACUCGAACUGCAACAUCCAGUAGCAGAAGCACACUGACCACACCUCCAGUUAAAAGUUCCCUCUUUACAUUAGGAGUGGGGCCAAGUGACUCAAUAAUCACUGAAGCCAACAUCUCCAUCGACACAAACUCCACCGCUCCUCCAAACGCAUUGGCAAGUGUUUCUGCAGCAACGACACCAACUAUUUCAACUACUACAACUACUAUCAUUCCUCCAGUUAAAAAGUUCGUGGCAGCGGCUGUUCGCUCUCAUUUUGAUGAUUGUCCGGACUCGCACCGCCAUUUCUGCUUCCAUGGCACGUGUCGCUUCCUGAUAUUAGAGGAGACGCCAGCAUGCGUGUGUCAUCCGGGCUUUGUCGGGAUGAGGUGUGAGCAUGCAGACCUGCUCGCUGUAGUUGCGACUAAUCACAGAAAACAGACGGUUGCCACGGUGCUGGUGUUGUGUGUGAUUGGGUGUGUUCUCAUCAUGGUGUUGUGCACACUGUUACAUUGCUGGUGGAGGCAGGACUGUCGCAGGCGGAGACAUGCACUUCACUACGUCCCAGAGAAGCACGGAGCAUCCUGCCAUCCUUCUGAGAGUGUGGUUUGAGAAGACAUCUCGCUGGAACAUGAGCUGUUUUCGCCACGGCGUGUUUAGUUUUUCCUCAUCAUGUCUGGCCAACACACUCGGAGGAUCGGCUCAAGGUCCCACGCACGUGUUCACAUCAAAAUUCUUGGCCAAGGAAGAAGAAGCUUCAUCUUCGGCGUGGCUUAGGAGGGCCUGCUUGAUGUGGGAGGUUAAACGUUCCGUGACAUUUCUUUUUUUUUUUUGGCACUGACUGGGACUUGUGACCUGCAGCACCGCAGGAACGUGUUUACUUGACCCUUUGAUUCUGUGGAAACAGCCACAGAUUUACAACAAACUGUUGGAUUGUGGAUGAGACACGGAAGAGCUCCGUGUGUCCUGAUUACUGUUUAUGGCCGGCAUCAAGGACAUGAGAAAUGAUCUGCUAGGCCGUCAAUCAUCCAGCGCGGAUGUGUUUACUUUGGGACAGCAAGAAUUCAUUUACUGAAGGCGGAAUAAUUCCUAUUUUUGUCUUUUAACAACUUUGCGCACUUUUCAUCAGAACUCAAGCACAGAGGACAUUUUAAAGAAAAGGUGGUGGGGGAAACUGAUGCUUUAAAGAAGUUUUAGUAUCUGUUUUUAAAGAAGGAACUCACUUCACCUGACAGGAGUAGGAAUUGUUAAAUAGUCUGACUGCUGAUGGAUUUGAAAAACCCUGGACUUCAAUCAGUCUGUAAUUAUACACAAAGCUUGCAACUCAAAACAGUUCCAAUUUGGUUCAAUAUGGACAGUUUGUCUCCAGUAUUUCUACUGAAGCUGAAAUAUUUGUCAGUUUUAUUUUUUAUUCCUGAGCUUUACUUGAACACGUCAGAGGUUUUUGGAUUUCGCAAGCUAUAACUGCAUCGACACACGCCACAUUAUUCCACGUUACUGCAGAUUGGUGCACUUUUCCGCAAGCUUGCUUACUGAUCACUUACUGUACAAUGUAGUCACUCGGAGAAAAGUGUCCACAUAAUGAGAGAUGCCAAAUACACUUGUUGCUAACUUUGCCUGAAUGAGCACUGAAGGGAAGAGGCACGCGGUUUGUACAUGUCCUUUAAAGCAUGCAUGCACUUAAAUCACAGCUUUUUAUUUCUAAACACACAGAAUACUUUUUUUUAAAAAUUUCAACAGUGAUGUGUUAAAGCAUUGCCUCUGCUUUGAAUUUAAAUACUUUUAAAGAGAGAAAAGCCUCUGGAGAUUAAUUUAAAACAAAAUAUUUAAGAUUUUCUUUCAAAAAUUUAAAUGAUAAUUUGGUGAAGGAAUACAAACUGACUCAAUGUAAAAGUGUGCACGCGCUUUGUGUGUGCCGUAAAAUGAAUGUGAUGGUACUGAUAUACCAGGAGACCCUAAGAGGAUGAUUUGUUGUCUUUGUUUACAGUACGUGGUUGAUAUUUACAUACAGAAUAUGUGUUUGUUCUUGCAGCAUUCUACGUGUAAAUAUCAAAACCAACGUGGAAAUAUUCGGUGUAUAUACACGCUGUCGACACAUUAACCCUUUACUUUGUCUGAUUUAUGUUGUCACAGUUGGAAAGCCUCUGUUACCUACAUUUGUUUUCCAAUGAAAUGAAUUAAAAAUGCAAUUGUGUG